GACGAGCGGAGUUCGCCAGCUUUCCCAGCGGCGGUGGACCGUGUGCGAGGUGCUCCCGCCGCAGCUCCCUGCGUCCGCUACGAGGACCGAGUGCGCCCGUCCGAUAAGCGUGAGAGAGGUGUAUAAUGAAUCCAAGUACGAAGCAGAAACAAGAAGAAAUCAAAGAGAAUGUAAAGAAUAGUCCUGUGCCAAGAAGAACUCUGAAGAUGAUUCAGCCUUCAGCAGCUGGAUCACUUGUUGGAAGAGAGAAUGAGUUGGUUAAAGCCUUGUCCAAAAGGAAACAUUGGAACGACCAGUUAACAUCUAAGGCUUCCAGCUCUGGAGUUGUUUUUGUCCCAGAACAUAGUGAAAAUAAAAAUUUUAGUGAAGUUACUCAAGAAGCGUUUGAUCUUAUGAUUGCAGAAAAUCCGUCCUCUCAAUAUUGGAAAGAAGUGGCAGAAAAACGGAGGAAGGCGCUCUAUGAAGCACUUAAGGAAAAUGAGAAACUUCACAAAGAAAUUGAACAAAAGGACAGUGAAAUUGCCCGCCUGAAGAAGGAAAACAAAGAACUGGCAGAGGUAGCAGAGCAUGUGCAGUAUAUGGCAGAGGUGAUAGAGAGACUGCAUGAGGAACCUCCGGGUAACUCUGAAUCACCAAACAGUCAGGAGUGUGACUCGGAAGAGGAAACCGGUGAGGACUUGGACGUGGAAGCCCCAGAUGUUGGUACGUGUGCUGAAGAUGCUGUGUCUUCCUUGACAGAUGCAAAACCGUGUGUGUGAAAGUCACGCUUGUCUGACUUGAGAAACUUACUGCCAGAGUUUACCUCCACUAGAGCUCUUUGUAGCAGAGCAAACAGCUGUACUGCGGAGCUGGAAUCAGACCUCCUUGUUUGAAUCCUGGGACCCCUGUUGCAUUAAAAUACAAAUACUAUGUAUUUUUAAUCUGUGAUGUUUUAUGUAAAUAGCAUUUUCUCAGUGGUCAGACAUGAUUUGUGUAUAUGAUAAAUAAACUUCAGUCUCUUGUUGAGCAUUUUGUGUAUCUGGGAAGAAUGAAGUAUAACCAGGCUAGAGAAAGUGUGUCUGUUUCUAUGGUUUUAUGUUGUUUUCUUUCUGUUGCUCUGCUAUC